AUGACUGAUAAAAAUGGCGUUGGUGUGACAGUGUUUGGUCACGACAGUGAAGAAAGAACUCAUGUCACUGGCUACGAAGAUAAAGGCGCCUACAGUAGAAAUAUAACAUAUCACAACGCGACCAUGAAACAAAUCGAGAACGUGGUUAAUGCGUCAAUUCAUUGCGAGCAAUUCAUAAAAUACGAGUGCACAGGCACCCUCUUCCAGUUUCAAUUACCUGAAGGUGCAUUUUCCUGGUGGGUAUCACGUCAAAGAUACAAAAUGUUGUAUUGGGGUGGUUCGACUCCAAGUGCUAAAAGCUGUGCAUGUGGCAUGAAUCGUACCUGUUAUCAUCCCAACGAAUUCUGCAAUUGUGAAAAUGUGCAAGGCGAAUGGACUGAAGACAGCGGGUACUUGGUCGACAAAGAAUAUCUGCCAGUGAGCGAGUUGAGAUUUGGUGAUACAGGGAACAGUAAUGAGGAGGGAUAUCAUACACUGGGCAAGCUGUUGUGUUGGGGCUAA